GCCGCCGCUGCCGCAAUGAAACCGCUGCUGGGUUGGCUGUCGGCGCGCUGGCGCUCCAUCAUCCUGCUCGUGUGGCCGCUGGCGCUGCUGCCCCUGGCCGUCUCCCCCUACUCCGAAGCAAGAUGUGGUUAUGUGGUGCUUGUGAUGGCUCUCUUCUGGAUAACAGAGGCAGCUCCUCUGCCGGUUACAUCAUUGCUUCCAGUGGUUUUGUUCCCUCUGCUUGGAAUACUCAGCACAGAUGAUGUUUGUAUACAGUAUCUCAAGGAGACAAAUAUGAUGUUCAUAGGUGGGCUGAUUAUUGCCAUAUCAGUUGAACAUUGCAACCUCCAUAAAAGGAUAGCAUUACGAGCAAUACUUGUUAUUGGCACAAGCCCAGGAAGGUUGUUAUUUGGAUUGAUGGGUACUACAAUGUUUGUAUCUAUGUGGAUAUCUAACACAGCAGCUACAGCCAUGGUCACACCAAUUGCCAAGGCAGUACUAGCAGAGCUGAAGGCUCAUGAAAAGGCAGAAAAAAGGUCUGCAAUUCUUGCAAUUGACGAAGCCUUUGCGGAAUACACUCAGGAAACAACUGGAAAAGAAACUAAACAGGACAGUCCAGAGGAUGAAGAGGAAGAGACUCCAGAUAAAGAAGCUGUUGGAUAUUUCCUUGGAAUAUGUUAUGCUGCCACUUUGGGUGGGACUGGAACCCUCAUAGGAACUGGAACCAAUCUCAUAUUCAAAGGACUAUUUACAACUGCAUUCCCCAAUGGUGAAAACAUAACCUUUGCUGGUUGGAUGAUGUUUUGUGUUCCACUAAUGCUGCUAUGUACACUGGCUGGCUGGCUGUGGCUCAUGAUACUUUACAUGGGGCUUUUUAGAAGGAAGAAAUCUGGAAGUGCGGUGAAAACUGCAGAACAAAGGAAAGCUGUGAAGUUGGUUAUCAAAAAGUCUUAUCAAGAUCUGGGGCCAAUGACUUUCCAUGAAGGGAGUGUGUUGUUUUUCUUCAUAGUUAUUGUGCUUUUAUGGUUUUUCCGAGAGCCAGAAUUCAUGCCAGGAUGGGCAGCAGCUGUAUCUGAUGUGGAGGUCCAAGAUUCUACUGCAGUUAUGUUAGUGUGUUUCCUGCUCUUCGUACUGCCUGCAGAUCUUGACUUUCUGAAAUUCAGAUUUAAUGCAGAUAAACCAUGCAAGCCUUCACCAUCACUGAUAACAUGGAAAGUAGUUGAGAAGAAGAUGCACUGGGGUAUCAUCCUGCUGCUUGGUGGAGGCUUUGCAAUGGCAGAAGCUACAAACGCAUCUGGCCUGAAUGAUCUCAUUGGAGACACACUGUCUGUAUUAAACGUGCUUCCUGACUUAGCAAUACUAAUAAUUGUCUGUAUUGCUACAACAUUUCUAACCCAGUUUGCAUCCAAUGCAGCCAUUUGUAAUAUUGUUUUACCAGUUCUUGCAAAAAUGGCUGUGGCAGUGGAAAUUCAUCCAAUGUAUCUUAUGAUGCCAGCGUGUCUAUGUUGUUCUUAUGCUUAUGUACUGCCUGUGGGUACACCACCAAAUGCUUUUGUGAUGGGUGAAUGCAACAUGAAGACAUCCGAUAUGAUUAAAGCUGGUCUUGGAAUGUGUGUUAUUAGCAUUGUCUUUCUGUUGGUGCUAUUUCCAACAUAUGGAGGAGUUUUAUAUGGUUUGAAUGGAUUUCCAAGCUGGGCUGCGAAUAGUAAUACAACCGAAAGCUUCCACGACCUAUGAAAAGGGGAAAACAUGAAACAGAAGGAAAAAAUGUGCUGUUGGAUUUAUGUUCCAGACAUUUUCAGGGCACUAAAUAUGUCUAAACACAGAUACAAUGCCUGAAAAGUGUUACUUUUUGCAAAAAUUAAUUGUAUAUUGCAAUUAGACUGACUAGUGACUCAUUUUAAGUCAUUUAUUGAAUUACUGACAGUUUACAUAUGCAGUCUUUUAUGCUGUGUGCAGAUUCAGAGUCUAGGUUAAACUUUUAACUAGAAUCUGAACACACUUUGAUCUCAUACACUGUCAGUUUUGUGACAUGUAUUGAGUUAUUGUAAAUCUAUGAAUAGUUAUUGUUUAGAGGCUGGCAGUUAUGAAGCAUAUGAUAUUACAAUAACUGUGUUGAAAUGAAUUUAACUGAAAUGCACUGAAUUGUUAUUGAUGUGUGAAGAUCACUGCCUGCUCUUAAUAGAUGGUAAAGAAAGACAGUUGAUGGAGUGAGGAAUACAAUGGCACAAGGAAUAGAUACUCAAUAGGAAUAGAAACAGUUGUACUUUUUACAUCUUGUACCUUACUUUGCCAGUUAUCUUUUGUGCCCGGUAAGAUCAACUUCUGUAAUGAAAAAAAUGAAAUAUUAUGAGCUCUGCUAAGUAACAUCAGUUUAUGGAAGGAAACCAGUAUUUGACAGGGUGCUGAAACUCACUGUUGUGCCAAAAGUAUUGUUUGUGAUACAGAACUGCAUCUUUGUAAAUAAAAUGCCUUUUUGAAGUUUGAUAAUGAAUUAUGAUAUCACAUAUUAUUUAUUAUAAAA